AUGGUCAGGAUGGGCCCUGAUAGCUUGCAGCGCCUCCCUACCAGAGGGCGUAAACCAUCAACUACCCAGACGCGCUACCCAUGGCGACACCGCACGAAACGCAAGAUCUUUUCCCGCACCCCUGCAGAAAAGGCUUUGCUGAAGGUGAAGCGGAAGGAGCACAAGGACGCAUAUCACAUCGCGCUUCGAGAAGCGAGGGAGGUGGUUCUCACCAAAGCAGAGCGCCUCCAUGAGCGCUUCGGUUCUCACAGUGUUGACUACUACUUCAAGGCCAUCAUGCAAUGCUCGCGUGAGGAGCAAGAAGCAGCUACUGAAGAUGAAGUGAAGGCUUUGGAUGAGCGCCGAAGCAUGCGCGCCCAUGCCGAGCACAAUGUCCCUCUGAGCGCAUUCAAUGAUGCGCGAAUGACUAUGGCAAAUAUUGAGCACGAGCUGGUGGCCCUUCACGAUCGUACCGGCACCGAAGUCCUCAUGUUCGCUGUGAGGUCGGAUGUCAAUCAGUACAACCAGCCUUUUAUAUUCUACAGCAACCCGCACUUAGCCCACUUUAUUGCGACGACCACUAAGUGCACUGUACAAGAGCUUGCAAUGCAUAUGGAAGGAUAUUGUAUUUCCAGAGUCGAAGGCAAGUCGUCACACGGUGUUGUCAGCAAUUACGUGCAGGAAGUGCUGGAUUUGAAGAAGAAGACAAGUGGGCUGAUCAUGCAGAAGCUCAUGAGAGGCUCUAUCUCGCGGAUGGUGUACCUCAACUUCGACACCCAAAUUACCGCAAAGUUCGGUGUAGUUAUCGAGAACUGGCCGUUGCCUAAGUUCUGCUGCCCCGGGGAUGUAGGCUCGCAUACCAAACUUGAGAUCUUGUUCGGGUCCUGGGAGUCCGGUCGCACGUGCUUCCGGUCCAUGCCUGAUGAGGAGUGGAUGCAGUGGUUGGAGCGACGGUCUCGGCAGGUGACAACAGUGGCUGGAGAUGAUCAGGAAGACACUGCAUCUUCUGAGCUCGUGGUGCAUGCUACACCGGUAGAUUCCCCGUCUAACAUCGUUUUGCCCCCAUCCACUGGUCAGAACAUGGUAGCCGCGUCCUCUGUGACUCUGCCCACCAACGACCACAGUCCUGAGACCUACGCAAACAAGCGUCCCCAGCAGGCCGAUGUCACGGACGGGGCCUCUCAGCACAAACGAGCAAAGAUGGGUGCACCGUUCACAGACUUUGUGAACGUCGUCUCCGCUCCAGAUGGUUCGGGCCUCGUGGUUCCCAAGAAAACUCGGAAGUCGCGCAGUGACAAGGGUGUGAAGAGGGGUCCUCGGGUGAAGAAGAAGACGGCAGGGGUGGUCGAGAAUGUGUCACCAUCCAUGAUGGAAGAUACAGUGCCAUCCACCAUGUGUGGAUAG